GCCCACCUUCUCAAAUCUUCUGAUUUUCAAUGUUAUCCACUUUCUGACUUUUUAUUUUUAUUGAGAACUAAAGAUUCAAUUUUCAUCCAGAAAUCUACUGACCUAAUCGAAUGGAUCAGUUAUCUAAACAAUUUUUACUCAAUUAAUCUAACCCCGUUAUUCUGUUUGUUGCAUGAUUUUAUUUUCUUUUAAUAUGUUCUUAUUUAUUUAAUUCUUCUUGAAAGUGGUUCCGACAAAGUGUUUUGGUGAUAUCCCAAUGAUAUGAAUAAAUCUCAAUUUUGUCAUUGUUCAACGGACAUAAUCAGCCCAGACUCUUAUCAUGAACAUAGAGCCUGUUUCUUGAUCUGGGGCCUGAAUUUCUGCGGCUUACAAUGUCUAUUCAACAAGGAAAUACUGAGGCUAAAGAUAUUGAAGAGGGCAUUGAUUGAUUCAACAGCUGAAGCAGGUUUUUGUUGUCUCUAUGAUCUCUUAAGAAGGGAAACCUCAUCUAACUGGGGUCAAGACUCAGGCGAAUGGAAAGAUUAUAACUCAUGUCCAAGAGAGAGGCUGGAAAGCCUGUUAACUGAAGCUGGGAAUAAAUUUUGUGCAGAUUGUGGAUCACCAGAUCCCAAGUGGGUUUUUACUGAAAUUCCUAUUAUGGUAUUAUCGGUUAAACUUGACGAGUGGUCCCAUGAGGAAGUUGAUGCGUUAAUCGAGAUGGGUGGAAACACUGCCGUGAACUUGAAAUACGAAGCUCACAUUCCCGAUAAUAUGAAAAAACCAAAGCCUGAUUCUUCUGCCGAGGAACGCACAGAUUUUAUAAGGAGAAAAUACGAGCUGCAUCAGUUUUCGAACUGUGAUUUAACUCUGGCUUGCCCAUUUCCAUCUCCAUUAUCGUCCUCCAACUGCACUUCCUCAGGCUGUAGUUCUCAGUCGGCCCCUGAGAAGAAACACUAUGAAAAACAAACGACAGGUCAUCGUAAACAAGGUCUUGGGCACGCUUUUCGUAACAGCUGGAGGAGAACAGAACACAGGACAGCAAAGAAAACUAACUCAAUGGCAGGUAUGGUCGAAUUUGUAGGAUUGAUUAAGGUUAAUAUAGUAAGGGGCACCAACUUAGCUAUACGUGAUAUGGUAACAAGUGAUCCAUACGUCAUCCUCACCUUGGGAAGUCAGUCGAUGAAAACACGGGUUAUAAAGAAUAAUCUCAACCCAGUUUGGAAUGAAAGUCUAAUGUUGUCAAUCCCAGAAAGUAUACCUCCUCUGAAAUUGCUCGUUUACGACAAGGACACAUUCUCAACCGAUGAUUUCAUGGGGAAUGCUGAGAUUGACAUUCAGCCAUUACUCUCGGCUGCCAAGGCUUCGGAAUCUUCCUCGAUCAAUGAGUCGACACUGCUCGGAAAAUGGAAAGCAGGCCAAGACAACACGCUCGUCAAGGAUGGAGUCAUCAUCCUUGAGGACGGUCGAGUGAAACAAGAAAUCUCGAUCAAGUUGCAGAAUGUGGAGCGUGGUGUGCUCGAGAUCGAGCUCGAGUGCGUGCCGCUUACACAGUAGAUAAAUCGGGCAGAUGUGAACUUCAGUAAAUAUACAAAGUGUAGCAAUAAGUCAGUAGUUUUGUGUGUACUGCUUGAGAGUUUUGGAGCCCCUUAUUGUUAUUGUUAUUAAUCAUGCUUCAGAUUAUUAGUUCAUCAGGAAGAGAAUCAGGUUGUUGGUGAGUUUUGCACCCUUGCAAAAGAAGAGUUUUUGUGCUGGAAUUUGCUAUGUAAAUUUAUGUCU